GUGAUAGCACACUGUCCAUUUACCAUCUGGUGUGGUAGAACUAUAAAUAAGUAUAUGUUCAUUUAAUUGUCAAAUCCAAAUGCUUCAGUACUUAUGAAAAGGGAAUACCAAUAUAUAAUAAUAGAAAUCUAUAUAUACUAUAUGAUCAAACAAUAUAAUAAUCAUGCUUAACCAUGAAAGUAAUGAGUUCCCGCUCUGCCCUAAACCGCGGCGGCUCGUCUCAGCCCACCCCGAGUUCCUCCAACCCCUAAGUUGUAGCAAACACAGUGUUUGCAAAUUGGUCAGUGAAAUGAACAUUAUUGAUGGGGGCAGAAGUGAAGUUCUCAGCAUAAUUGGUGACCACCAAAAGAAAACACAUACAAAUGUAGGAAACGCAUACAGAAUACUCCGGCUGGGAAGAAAAUCGCAAAUGGAAAGGAGGCAUGGGAAGAAAGUCGCUCCAGUAAAAUUUGUGUCCUAUGGUCGCGAUUCGCUUGGAAAAUCAACGGCUUAGUAAUGGAGAUCCUGAUCUGGGAGAAAAUGUCAGCCCCCAGUCAAACUCAAUAAUUGAGUCAGCCCACUAGUCAAACCCAAUAAUUGGGCCGGAUGUACGUACACCCGGGUGUACUAUAUAGGAACUCACAAUUGUGAUUUGUGAAUGGCCGAAUUGCAGCUUUACAAGUUCCUCAGCGUCUGGGUGCAUACGUGGACCAUGAAGACUAUUUUCUUAUUCCGUGUUAUAUAUACUUUUUACACAUGAUACUAAUAAUUUAGUUUUUGGAGGCCAAACUGGCCUCAAAGACGCCACUGGGAUUAAGAAAUCUAUUUGUAUUAAGAUGUUUGUCUAAAAUCUAAAUUAAGUAACAUUAGGAUAACAUUUUUUUUUAUUAUGGGUGCUCAAUGUAUAGCGUGAAUGAUAUUAAGUUACCACUUUACCCUUCUAUCUAUACCAAGUGAUAAACAUACAUGUCUGUUUACUUUAUCUGUUCCGAAAGGUAUUGUGAUUACAUCAAAUUUGUUACAAC